GGCUUCCUGACCGUUUCGAUUCCAAAUUGUCGUCCUAUUAUAACGGACCCCGCCCUAGAACUAUGCGACUCCUAGAAUGUAGCGACGGCAAGUUCAAGCUGACGAAGGACUUGAUUCACGAUAUACCCAGAUAUGCCAUACUGUCACACAUAUGGGGCCUAGAUACCGAAGAGGUUACCUUCAGGAACUUGGUCGACGGGACUGGGGAGGACAAGACUGGCUAUCAUAAGCUCCGGUUCUGCGCGGAACAAGCGAGACGCGACGGCCUGCAAUACUUCUGGGUGGAUACUUGCUGCAUCGACAAGUCCUGGUGCACGCGGUGUGCUUUAGGUACAUGUCCGAGGGAGCAACAGUUGCUACAACGGUCAGGCUAUAUCGGCACGGGCCCUUGAUACGAUAAUGAUGAUAUUCGGGUACGUACGGCACGCGGCAGGAGGAUGGGAGACCUGUGCUGUGGAGGAUCUUAUGCCACGGGGGUCUUUUCCAGAUUAUCUCUUGGGUUCUUUAUAUGGCACGUAUGGUACCAACCCCACGCUUCUCCCGUGCCGGGGUGGGCAAUGCCGGGAUGGAAAUGGUGAGGAGAUCAGAGACACGGGGAGGGGAAGAGAAAAGGGGUCCGAAAUGUUGAGAACCUGAUUGGAAUGUUGCGGAGCAGGAGUCGCGGAGCAGGAGUCGUGGCUGUUCACGUC